AUGAACAGCUGGUUGGCCCUAGCAACGACAAUCGCCGUUGCCCGGGCGUUCAGUGUGUCCGGCACAUCACUGCUAGAUUCAGAUCACGUGUACAAGGUCGACACCGUGGAGCAGCCCCCGUCUGAUUUCUCCAUCAAAGCCACCAGCACCCGCAAACAAUCCGUACUGGCGAGUUCCAACUCGUCGAGCACCACAUUACCAUGGCAGUCGGGAAUGUCUUUCAUUGACUCCGACUCCAACAACGAAUCCUACACUGUGAAUGUCACCAUCGGCGACUCGGAGUAUCCGCUGCUGAUCGAUACCGGAAGCGCCUACCUGUGGAUCUACGACUCGAAUUGCACAGACUCCUCAUGUUCGGGCAAACAGCUGUACCCGAUCUCGUCGGGCACGAACUCGAGUUCGAGCUUUUCGCUUGCGUACAGCUCGGGCUCAGCCUCGGGCAAGGUCGUCACCGACACGUUGCAGCUGGGCAGUCUCUCGGCAGACGAGUUCGAGUUCGGCGCCGCCAGCAGCGUGCCCGAUCUGUUUGAAGACUACUCGUUCAGCGGCGUGCUUGGUCUCCCUGCCGUCAACUCGUCCAACGGACUCACCAACCUGGUCACUUUCUUGAAGAACCAAGAAACUAUCAGCCAGGGGACCUUUGCCCUAUGUCUGGGCUCGUACGACACGGCUCUUGACGGCUCCAACAACGGACUCCUAGUGCUCGGAAAAGACAUACAGGAACUCUAUGACGGGUCUAUACAUUACUCCUCGGUGGUGGAAAACACCAAUAAUUACUGGCAGGUGGUUGUUGAUUCUGUUUCCGCAGACAGCUACCAGAUCUCGUUCGACGAAGCAGAGAUCGACGGCCAGGACUCACAAACGAAACGGCUGGCGGUCGUGGACAGCGGCACAACGUCGAUCGUGGCGGCGUCCGCAGAUGCCACCAAAAUUCACUCGUUCUUCUCCGACUCCAUCACAGACGGCGACAACUUUGCCAUUCUGUGCAACUCCACCCUGACACUCAACUUCAAGAUAGCAGGCUCGUCCUGGUCGCUGGGACCAGACGACUAUCUGGGAAACGCGUACGGGUCCGGCAAGUACGACGGAUACUGCGUGAGUAACAUUGUUGGUUCGUCGUCGCUGGACAACGGCACAUGGAUCCUCGGGUCGUUGUUUUUGAGAAACUAUUAUGUCUCUUUCGACCUCGACCAGAGCAGACUCGGACUCGCCGACAGAAAUUCUGUCGAGAUCGUGGCAUCCAUGUCAUCUGCUUCCCCAACACAAAGCACAGUCUCAGCAUCUUCCACGGCCUCCACUGGCUCAGCAUCCUCAGCAUCCACCUUGUCCACGAAAACCAGCUCUGUUUCGACCUCGAAGGCCACGUCCGCCAGCUCGUCUGUGUCUGCGGCCAGCUUGUCGUCAGCAAGUUCGGCAACCGUGUCCAACCUCGCAGGAAAGCUCCAGCUCGCCUCUCCAUUGUUGCUGCUCUCCCUGUUGUCUCUAAUUUGA